GCCGGCAAACAUCCUCCUUGAUGCCGACGGCACGCCAAAGAUGGCGGACUUCGGCUUGGCAGCUGCGGUGAAGGACAACAGCGGAGAGGACAAGCUGGCGGUGGAGCAGAUUGCUGGCACACCGGGGCGCGGUUCUCGUCGAUGGCUGCUUGCGCUGGAAUCGUCUCGGUUCCAGCAGAUCAUCGAGGAUACAGGCGCCACCUGCGUAGCAUAUGGAGAUGACCCACUGGCCAGGAUAAGCGAGCGGCGCCGAGGCAUGUUGCUGGAGAGUCUAGGCAGAAGAAUGUUGGAGCAAACGUAUCCGGAACGUCGGGUGCAAAACGCUUGCUCCACGCUAGCUUGUGUCAACGGUCGUCGCCGCCCACCUCACCUGGCAGAAUGGGAUUUCACGCUUGGAGGGCAGCGCGUCGAGCUGAAAGCUGCCAAGUUGUGUUUUAUUCCCAGCCACAGCACUUGGAGGGUUUCCUUCAGGCAUGUGAAGCUGGAAAGAGAUGGGGCCAGGCAGACUCAGCCCUUCGAUGAGCUCUACUUACUGAUCUACACGCCUGGUGGGUUCUAUCUUGUGCAGCAUGACUUGAAGACGGGAGUCUCCAAAUCAGGCGCAUGUACGCAGGCACAAGGGCACACGAUAUAUGUUCAGGGACGGUCCGGUCAGACCUGGCAAGAAUCUUUGGACAGGAUCCUGACAAGGCUAGUGCGGCAGGGGGAUUGCAAGCUCGUGCACAGGGCCAACAAGUUUGAUUGGCAGAUUUCUGCACUGUAUGCUGAGCUGCUGCGCAGUGCAGAUCAUUUCUAUGAGCGCGUUUACGACCAGGUACCCUUGAAUGACAUUGGUCCGUCACUUCGCGCACUCCGCGUGCAGAAGAUAGCGUUCGAAGUUGACAAGAUGCAGAACCCGCGUUGCAAUUUCACAAGUGCUUCCGGUGAGGUUGUGAAAGGGCGUAGACGGGGAGAACACAAUGCAGCGGUAGAUUGGAUUCGAGAUGGUGUUAGGGUCGAGGUUAAGCAUGCGAAGGCACGUUUCGAUCCAGGUCCGCAACGUUGGCGCUGCACCUUUGGCUCCAUCAAGGAAGAUUGGACAAGCAGCGCCGACAACAUAUACUUUGAUGAGCUUUGGCUUGCUAUGUAUGGCCCUAUGGGUCUUGACUUCUUCAGGCAUCCUGAGUACAGUUCUCGCCUAGCUUCUAAUGGACUGCGCACCUCGUAUGAUGGCAAAAGGCUCGAAGUUCUUGGCAAAAGGCACGAACUGUGUGUGAACGCUGCCAUCCAGCAAAUGAAGGUCAAGCUCGAAGUUGCGCAUGCUGAGCACUUCUGCUCAAUUCAGUGGAACAGACAGUCAGGGCACAGCUGCAACAGCCUGGCCACAGCUCCAUGUGCAUCUGAAAUGUUUGAGUCUCCCAAGAGGGAAAAGACUGUUGGAAUGAGAUGA